GCCUGAGGAGAGAAGAUUCCGAGUCAGAGGCAGCUACAACCACCUCCAAAACAAAGGAUUUAACUUUAUGAUGCCUGCCUGGAAACACUUUUAACCCUUAUCUUUCCUACUGCUUUUGUGUUACAUUAAAUAGGACUACUUUGACUACUGUAAAAGUAGUGCUGCUUUCAAGACGGUUAUGUUCAGCCAGCGAAACAUGUCUACAAAUUCAACGAUUGACCACUGCAAAGCACCCACUAAUGUCACAUACCAAAUCCUCUCCUGGGUGAUGGCUGGAGAGUUCGUGCUGGGUCUGCCGCUCAACCUGUCGGUCCUCUACAUCUUCAUCUUCAGGUUCAAAUUCUGGAAGAACAAAAGUGUCUUCCUGUUCAAUAUUGUGGUUGCUGACUUCUUGCUGGUGGCGUGUCUUCCUGCCAAGGUCUACCAUUACUAUCAUGGCCAGAGACGCAGCCCGAAUAAAGUGCUGUGCAAGACAAUGCUGUUUAUGCUGUUUCUCAACCGAGGGGCCAGUAUCGCCUUCCUCAUCACCCUCUCCCUCGACCGCUACUUCAACGUGGUACAUCUUGGGAGGAGGAAUUUUGUCAAGGUGCUGAAGAAAAGUCCUCAGAUCUCCAUCAUCAUAUGGCUCCUCUUGCUGCCCCUCACCAUCCCCACUAUGGUUAACACCUUUGAGUGUUGCAACAGCCACGGCCGCAAAGUCGAGACUUUUUCUCAUGAUGUGACAGACACCUUCAGAGAGGUGGUCUACUUCACCCAGAUCAUCAUCCCCUUCAUUAUCCUCAUCUACUGCACGGUGCGCAUUGUCCACCGGCUGAGGAGGAAGACAGUCGGGGAAAAGACAAAACUGAGGAGAGCUGUGUGUGUGGUCAUGUCUGUUGUCGUUGUCUUCUCCAUCUGUUUCCUGCCCAGCACCAUAGCCAGAGCAGUGCUGCUGGGUGUCAGGCUGAAGGAAAUGCAGACCACAGAGGACGUCGUGGUGCAGGUCUACGACAGCCUCAUGGUUUUGUCUUAUAUUGACUGCCUGCUGGACCCGCUGGUCUACUGCUUCUGCCACUCAGGGUUUAAAGAUGCUUACAUAUCCGUCUUCUGUCCCUCGUGUAUUCAGAAGAAACUGAAAAAUACUGACUUUGGUUUAGGAACGACGACGACGACGACGCUUACGCAUUCUGGAGGCAGAAAAAUUUCAAUGCCAAUAUUAGAGACAUGAUUGGUCCACCCACACAGGUGCUUUCAGCUAACCUGAAAGAUUAGACUCUUCUCUAAAAGUGUUGACUGGAGUCCGCCCACUGCCCCACCUCCACCACAGAGUAACUCAUCUCUGGGUUUAACUACCAUCUUAUCAAAAAAAGCACUGAUAUAAAUGCAACUUGUGCUCAUGCUGGAGCUGUGUUUGGUUAUUUUGGGGCGCAGAUAUUCCACUCUGUAUGCAUGCACGCUUCUUUAUGUGUCAUCUGCUGAAAUAUUUCGCAUUGUAAUGCCCUUAAGUUUUUAAUAUCCUUCUAUUAGAGUUAGAGAGACUGUUUUUCCACACAUUUCAAGAACAAGUCAUUGCGAGUUAAAGUUUAAUGCUUUCGAUUGUUCACUGCACAUAAAUAACAGAAGACAGGCGCAACAAAACAAAGUAGUCAGAGAAUAAGUCAGGGAGGUGCCAGUUAAGACUGAAUAGAUGUACAUACAGUCCUGUGGAAAUGGUUGGUCGGGGCUUUCAGUACAUUAACAGGGACUAGAAGUAGGAAUCUCCACACACCUCGCAAUUCUGUUCCAAGGAUUCAAUUUAUUUUCCCUGUGUGUGUCCACUUGCUACUGUUAAAACAUAGUGUAUUUGUAAUGCUCCAUUAUUACAUUUAAACAGAUGAAUUUACUUACAAUAUAUUUUAUCAAUACAAGAUAAUGCAGCUUGUAUUAAGCUGUAGUAAUACUGCUUUUAAGCCAGACUGUGCCGGACGUACUGUAUCCAUCUGCGGUUGCUCAAGCUCAGCCCUUCUGACCAAACCUAAAGAACUAGCCUAGCUGUGAACGUAAACACAACACACUUGUUUUAUGUCUAUUACUAUUCACUGGCAAUUUGGUUUAGUCAAAAGGAUGGCACAGCCAGGCCUUGCAAAAUUGUUACAGGUGAUCAUAAUGCCAAGAGUUGGGUUUUAAAUUUCCGGUUAUUGACAAUGAUUGAUAAUGCUGGUGUCUGAAUACCCAGAGUUACGGUGCUAGAAACUUGUAAGGAUAACCAGAAGAAAAACUGGGCCUGGGUUAGCAUUUGCACCAAACGUCAGGUGACUGGUAAAUUGUCCAAAUAUGUAGAAAUUCCCCCACCCCCCACUGCUGCCUGAUUUAAUGUAAAAUGUAAUUUGCAAAAUCAUGUAUAAGGGUGUAACACAAUGAGCUAGAUGUAAAUUUACUUUUCAGCUGCAUGCUUUAAAUACUACAACUUAAAUAUAUAUUUUUAUAUCAUUUUUUACUUUAAUGUAUUUAGGCAUUUUAAAUUAUUUGGAUUUCAUUUAAACCAGGUGUUCAGAUGAUACAGCAUUUCCUUUGUGAUUAAAUUUUACUGCGUAUGAUGGCUGCUGCAACAACUGCAAAGUAGUACAGUACAGUAUAGACUGUACAGUGUUUGCAGAGAUUCAUCACUCAGGAAACGCUAUAUCUGUAAGUUUAUCACCAGUACCUCAAACCAGUUGUACCUGUCCUCACUGUGAGACAUAUUGUGAACUUUAACCUGUUUUCUACCAUUAAUCAAAGAUGUAUAUAAACAUUUCAAUACCU